AUCGGAGUUAUGCUUGGAAAAAAUAAUAAUUACAGAAAUAUGCAGAUUAAGUAAUUGUCACCGUUAUAGGAUUAUUUUUAUGACAGAUACCUGAAUCUACUAUUGAUUUAUGAGAUGAAGCGUAUUAACGAAAUGUAAAAGAAAAAAAUGAAUUCGUGUUCAAAGGAAAUUUCGAAGUUUGAUCUGGAAACGGACUCGCUUGAGGAGACUGACAGUGAAAGACAUGGCGCCAAAACGAGGCGCCAGACAUGGGCAUCUCAGAUCGACUUUAUAAUGACCUCGGUUGGGUGUGCAGUUGGGCUGGGAAAUAUCUGGCGAUUCCCUUACCUCUGCUAUAAAAAUGGAGGAGGUGCUUUCUUCAUCCCCUAUUUCCUGUCGUUUAUCCUGGCGGCGGCACCUACAUACAUCAUGGAGAUUAGCCUUGGUCAGUACAUGAGCGCAGGGGUCGUGCAUGCCUGGAAGGCUGUUCCCAUCUUCCAAGGGCUAGGAUUUGCUUCGCAAAUAAUAACUUUAUAUUCAAACAUCUACUACAUCGUCGUUGUCGCCUGGGCUCUCUACUAUAUAGCAGUAUCGUUUACAGCCAACUUGCCCUGGGCAUCGUGCGGUAAUCCCUGGAACACAGAAAGAUGUUUUGUAACUGGGAUGACACUCAAUCAUACUGUCACCGAUUGUGAGACUGUCACCAACAAUUCGUCUGUCUUCAAUUCCUCUUCUGUCAUGAUCAAUACAACAGAAUGUACGUCUCCAGGAUCAACUUUCCCGCCUGUUGAUGCUGUGGUGGAGUAUUGGGAACGGGGAGUCUUGCAAAUGUCCCGCGGACUUGAAGAACCGGGACGGGUUGUGCCCGGCCUGGCUGUUGCUCUUCUGGUUGCGUGGGUAUUGGUUUACCUGUGUAUAUUUCGGGGCGUGCGAUGGACAGGGAAAAUCGUGUAUUUCACAGCAAUUGUCCCCUAUGUACUUCUGACGGUAAUAUUUAUUCGCGGAGUGACACUGGAGGGAGCUGCGAAUGGUCUAGUGUUCUACCUACGACCAGAUUUUUCGCGCAUCCUGGACGCUCAAGUUUGGAUAGACGGUGGAACUCAAGUCAUUUAUUCCAUUGGGGUCGGACAAGGCUUCAUGAUAACUCUAGGAAGCUACAAUAAAUUCAAAACAAAUUGUGUUAGAAAUGGACUCAUCAUUAUGGUAAUAAACAGUUUCACGAGCGUGUUUGGUGGUCUUGCUGUUUUUGCAAUUCUCGGCUUUAUGGCUCACGAGACACAACAACCAAUAGACAAAGUCGUGGAUACAGGUCCCGGGUUGGUGUUCCUUGCCUACCCUAAGGCGGUGACUCAGAUGCCUCUAUCUCCACUCUGGUCUGUGCUUUUCUUCAUGACCAUCUUGUUUGUUGGGCUGGAUAGCGAGUUUGCAGGAGUUGAGGCUUUCCUUACGCCGUUCAUGGACAGGUACCCGAAGAUCCUAUACAAGCCUAGAAACAGGAUGAUUUUUGUGGGCGUUUACUGCAUUUUCUGCUUUCUGAUUGGCUUAUCGAUGGUUACACAGGGAGGCGUUUACCUAUUCCGACUGAUAGAUUACUAUUGUGCCAGUGGUCUGGUCCUUCUGGCAAUGGUGUUCUUCGAAACUCUGGCCAUCGGAUGGGUUUACGGAGCGAGUCGAUAUUACGACUCCCUAGAAAUGAUGAUUGGUUAUCGAUGUGGCCCAUGGAUGCGCAUCGCAUGGCAAUUCACAGCUCCGUUAGUCAUAAAUGGUAUAUUCUGGUUCCAGCUUUCUACUUAUAAGCCUUUAACAUUCAGCGAUGAUUACCAGUACGCUCCUUGGGCAACGGCUCUCGGCGUGUUCUUCACAUUGUCAUCAAUUUCAUGUGUCCCAGCGGUAGCUGUAUAUCUCCUUAUCAAAUCUCCUGGUUCUCUGAGAGAGAGAUGGCAAGCGCUUACUACACCAGAAUUGAAGAAACAUCAACUCUUCCCGGGCUGGGAAAAUACAAACUACAAGUGGAGUCAAGUGGAAUACAAAAGUCACGACGCUAAUAACCCUUUCAACUUUGACUCGGGGAUUUAAUUUCAUAGUUAGGGGUGUUUAGUUUAAUGUUGUGAACAGUAGAUUCUAAUUAUCAUAUAUACCUCUGAAUAUAAAUUGGUAACACUGAUCGGAUAACUGAAGAAUAAGAGUGUUUGCCACUUGUCUGUCAUCUUCAGUCGGCGGAACAAACCGACAUAAAACAAGUAGUUUACAGAUAUUUGCCAACAGGCGUGUGUUGUUGUAGCAAAAUCAGUCCUAUCUUCGAACUGGUACCUAACAUUGCAGUAAAUAUUGGGCUGUAAUUUCGCUAAAUUAUAGUUGACAUUUGAAUUAGACAAUUGUGACACAUGCAUGAUAUAUUCUUCCGCAUAUGAUGAAUGCCCUCCAAUCUGACAGCCUUUCGCCAUCUUAAUUGCGACGGUUCUAUUGAGUAUAGACCGUGGAACAUGUAGAGUGUAUAUCGUCACAAAGUUUGACUCAGUUGUGGUCAUCUGUGAUCAUUUAAAUAUUUUGGUUGUUCUGUUAGCCGGACAGCCGGAACAAUUUCUACCCGAAACAUAUAUUAUUCGACAAUAAGUUUUUUCUUCUGGACGGACGUAUAUCUUUUGCGGCCGGAUAUUUGUUACUCCGAAUAUAUAUAUUUAUAUACAUGGUAUUAAACUGGUUCGGAAUA